AUGAUGGUACGUUAUUAUGGCAAACAUUCAGCUAAAAUGUUUCUGAGGGGUAAGCCUAUCAAAUUUGGAUAUAAAAUUGGGUGUCUUACAAGUUCCAAUGGCUUUCCUUAUAAUUUUUCGCCAUACUGUGGCAAGACUGACAACAAACAGCCUUUAGGAGCAAGGGUAAUAAAUGAACUAACCAGCAGGAUUCCAGAAUCAGAGUAUCCGAAUUAUAAGCUUCUCUUUGACAAUUUUUUCACCAGUGUUGACACAUUGAUCACACUCGGAAAGAGUAAAAUGAAAGCUACAGGAACAAUAAGAGAGAUCCGAACUAUUGCAUGUCCUUUGAUUGACUCGAAAAGAAUGGCAAAAGAAAAGGAACGAGGAUUUUAUGACUACAUGUUUGACAAAGAGAGCGAAGUUCUGGUUGUGAAAUGGAGUGACAACAAACCAGUAUGUGUUGCGACUAAUUACAGUACUAUUACUCCUCUAAGUUCCACUAAAAGAUACUCACGGGCAAAGAAAAAGGAAAUAUCUGUUAUAAUGCCACAUCUCAUUGAAGAAUACAAUGCCCUUAUGGGUGGCGUAGAUCAACUGGACAAGCAGAUAAAACUUUAUAGGACGAGGAUAAGGUCAAAGAAAUGGUGGUGGCCAUUAUUCACACAGAUGAUAGAUAUCUGCGUAGUAAACACAUGGUAUGCAUACCAAAUUGCUAACUCUAAUGAGAAGCUCUCACUUUUGGAUGUCCGACAGAGAAAACAGGAUCAGUACCAAAACACAGAGAACCACAAGGAAGCAAAUUGA